UUAGAAGGUCAUCUUAGGUAGCUUACCGGUUAGAAAAAAUCUACAAUUUCGUGGUAUCAAAUGUGACAUGCAAUGUCAGAUAUGUGGAGCUGAAAAAGAAUCAAUUAAUCAUGUUCUCUUUGAAUGUCUUCCAGCACUUCAGAUUUGAGCGAUUUCAAAUAUUUCAUCUCAUCCACAGACUUUCCCUAGUCCAUCAGUGUUUUACUAAUAUGGACUAUAUAUUUUGGAGACCUCCAAAAGAAUCAGACUUAAGCUAUUUUCCAUGAAUGUUGUGGUAUAUCGUAAUGAUAACAUUUUUAAAAAUAAAAACCAGAGAUCCACAUUAUGUUCUAAGAAAGGCAUAGAUUGAAGGUGCUUUCUGGGCUGAACCUCAAAUUAAGGAACCCUCAAUUCAGUCUUUUCAGAAUUGCCUGGGAAUCAAAUUUUAAAUGGCACCAGUUGGUAUUACAUUGAUGAAGCAUGGAAAGAACAAAAUAUUUUUACAGGACAAUGUUGGUUUUAUAGGAAGGAAUGAUCUACUAACACUAUGAUGGAAGCCAUGAACAUAUGCAUGAGUCUGACACCUUUACAUGCUGAAUGUGAAGCGCUGAUUUGGGCAAUGAAGUAUAUGAAGACCCUUCAUAUCUCAGAGGUGGUGUUCGCAACUGACUGUUCUCAACUGGUGAAGAUAGCGUCUACACAUACAGAGUGGCCGACAUUUACUACACAUAUGGAUGAAUUCUUGCGAUGUAAGGAAUUUUUUUCAGACUUUCUCUAUCAAACAUAUCCCAAGGGAAAAAAAACACAAUGGCGGAUAAGCUGCCACGUGGUGCUCGGAAGAUGCCUUGUGCUAUUGUUUAUGUUGAUUCAGUUCCCCCGAAAUGGCUAACGGAUUUGGAAUCUGCUUAGGUUGACUAGCCUUUUGUUGUAAAAAAACAAAAAACUCAAAAAUUUAAAAUUGGAGUUGCAUGUUACGAUUCUCCACCGUUGUUUGUUUCAUCUUGGUCUUUUUCCAUUUGAGUUUCCACCACAGGAAGAGGCGGUAGCAAAUCCUGCACGAGCUCUAGUAUUCCAUAUGUAUCAAUCCCCCGUUCUUUGGGCUCCUCAAUGAUCUACAAUAAGUAACAAUCAGCAAAGGUUAAAACACUAUGAAACCCGUAAGAGAGAAUAAAACCAUAUGUAACGUUAGAUAUGAUGACGAGAUUUGGUAAAGAAGAUAGUAAGAACAAGAAAAAGAAACCACGUAUCGGAUCCAGUAAGUCUUUGAAAUUUACAGAUGGCCGGAUAUUGAUUAUAUUGAGAAUCUCAGCUUUUGUGAGUUUGAAAUCUUUGCACUUGUUAGAGAAUGUUGUAACGCUCUCUAGUGUUUGAGUGGAAGCAACAGUCUAAUUUAAAUAAUCACAUACCUGAAAGAUCAUUUGAAUUGCAAACAAAAAAUAGUCUUUGGCUCCUUCACUAAAUCCAUUUUAAAGUAAAAUUCAAAAUAGACCUGAUCUAGCAAUUGCAGCUAUAACUCUUGUAGUGUCCUUUGAUGCACCUUUUGAGUUUAUUAAGUCAAGCACUUCAAAAUUUGUUAGCACAUCUGCGUUUGCCUUCACUCUGCAAACAUCCACAUCUAAUUUUGAUUUAGAAAGAAGUAAAACAUAAUUGAAGAUGUAUCAGAAGAUAUAUACAUUAUGUUUUCCAUCUCUAAGGUUAAGCGUUUUGUUUUUCUGAUGAUGAUCGAGAAAGCUCUACGAAAUGUCGUUCUGGUCGUGUCUGGUUGUUGGCGAACGAACAAGUGCUGCCUCUAACCUUAGCACUGAUUUUAGUGAAGGAGACAAAAACCUUCUGACGUCCGUUGAGGCCCGCGGUAUUUACGCCAUAAUAAUGUAUUUUGCUUCAGGUCCAAGCUCUUUAGAUUUCACCAGUCCAAGCCCAAUAACAUGUCACAGUAGUAGCUAUUAUUAUUUCUGUUUACACAAACUAUGCAAACACUUGGAUGAUUUUUGUGCGUUUAACUUUCCAUUUACACAAUGCAAAGUUUUUUAUAGAAAAGUUAACAUUCUAAUGUUUAGAAUGUUAAGACAAAAAUUAUUUAGAUUCACAUGUAAUGUAAACAUGGUGCAUGUUUAAAAUAAAAUAAAAUGAAAAAUGCUUUUGACAAAUUGAAAAUCCAUGAAGAGUUUAAUUAACUUUGAAACUGAACUUUUUAAAUAUAAUAUUGUGUUGUUCAAAAAAAAAUUUGUAUGCGGCGUCUCGACUAAAAACAUGUAUAACAAUAUAUACAAAACUCUUGAUUUUCUUAGAGUUUGUUAAGAAAAAGAAAGGGAAUUAGGACACAUGAUUCUUGCUUUGGAGAACAAAAGCACUUGAAACAUGUAAGCUAAGCUAACUAACUACCUUGUGUAAACCCCAAUCUGGCAAGGCUCCUCUCAUUGUCUUUAAAGCUCCUCAUGCUUUCCACCCUUUCUUAAAUUUCAUUUACAUAAUUUGUUUGUUACACAUUUCAAUAUUUUUGUUUGUUAUAUAAACAUCAUCUUUAGGUUUGUUUCAAUAUUUUUUUUUCUUUUGGGCGAUUCAUUCUCUCUUUUCCACCUUGCAAGAAAAUUGGAAUCAAUGAAAGAGUUAAAAGAUGCUUGGCAUCCAUCAACAACAACAGUGGACACGACAUCAUCAAGCUACUGGUUUAACUGGAGGGUUACGAUCUGCUGCGUAUGGAUGGCUCUAGCAAUGGUGAUCACCGCUUUUCUCAUAUUCAAAUACGAAGGCUUUCGCCGGAAACGAACCGGAAACGGCGGAGACGGAGGGGAGAAAGAGUGGUCGGGGAAUGUAUAUGAAGACGAGACUUGGAGGCCUUGUCUACGCAAUAUUCACCCGGCUUGGCUUCUUGCUUUUAGAGCUGUUGCCUUCUUCGUUCUUCUCAUUAUGCUGAUCAUUAUUGGCCUUGUUGAUGGACCUACCAUCUUCUUCUACUAUACUCAGUGGACUUUUGCUUUGAUCACUCUCUAUUUUGGACUAGGUUCGCUUCUUUCGCUGCAUGGAUGCUACAAAUACAACAAAAGAGCUGCUGGCGAUAGAGUAGAUAGCAUUGAAGCCAUAGACUCGGAGAGAGCAAGAUCCAAAGGCUCUGAUAAUACUCUUCAAGAGAGUCAAUACUCUAGUAAUCCAGCUAAUUUUUGGGGAUAUGUUUUCCAGAUAAUUUUUCAGAUGAAUGCAGGUGCAGUUUUGCUCACUGACUGUGUGUUCUGGUUCAUCCUUGUUCCUUUCCUUGAGAUUCAUGAUUAUAGUCUUAAUGUUUUGGUGAUCAACAUGCAUUCUCUUAACGCCAUUUUCUUGCUUGGUGAUGCUGCUUUGAAUUCUUUGAGCUUCCCAUGCUUCAGAAUUGCUUACUUCUUCUCAUGGACUAUAGCUUAUGUUUUAUUCCAAUGGACUCUCCACUCGUUAGUCCAUAUAUGGUGGCCUUACCCCUUCCUGGACUUAUCAUCACACUAUGCUCCACUAUGGUAUUUCUCAGUUGCAGUGAUGCACUUGCCAUGCUACGGAGCCUUUGCCUUGUUGGUGAAGCUAAAACAUCGGCUUCUUCAGAGAUGGUUCCCUGAGUCUUACCAGAGUCCUCGGUAGUACCUUGCCAAGAAAGCAACCACGUUUGAUUGGAAAAUUAAUUUAAGUAGACAGAGGGUUUUUUUGUUUGAAAGAUACAUUAAGGAAACCAAAAAAAAAGUGUGAAGCAACAAACUCAUGCUUAAUUAUAAAUAUGAUUAAUUCUUUUCUCAUAUCAAAAUAAGAGGUGAUAUAGUAUUAUUAUAUCUCCACGGAAGUAGGUGCAAGAUGCAUUUCUGUAUAAGCUUGUUUGAAGAAUGUGACAAUUUAGAGAAAUAGAAAAAUGUUAAAAGAGCCAAA